CUCUCUCUCUCUCACACACACACACACAAAAAAGUGCUGACUUUGUCGAUCUCUAUUUCCCUUUUUCUUUCCUUUUUUUAAAAAAUUAUAAUUUUAUCUCACCUUGCUCCUUGUUCCCGUUCUCUCCUCUCAAUCCUCUCCUUUCCGUGGUAAGAAUUCGAUCUCUUGCGGUUCUUUGAUCUGAUCGCCGUGAGAAUUCCAGCAGCUCGGCUGCGAUCGGUGAGAGCCCUGGAGGAGGGGAAGCAGCGCCGCUGUUAGAGCUCCAAUUCGUCGGAUUUCUUUCCGUUAUUUUAGAUUUCGUUUCGUGAUUUGGGAUGGGUUGUUUCCCGUGUUUUGGAUCGCCUAAUAAGGAGAAGGAGAAAGAGAGCGACGUGAAGGGAGGAGGGGAUUUCAAGAAGGAAGCUCCCGCCGCUCCAUCGACGCAUCAUGCGGCGAGUGUUAGCUCCGACAAAUUGAAGUCAAGGAGUGGCUCGGAGUCCAAGAAGGAAGCUUCCAUGCCCAAAGAAGGAAAUUCUGCGCAUAUUGCAGCACAGAUUUUCACUUUUCGUGAGCUUGCUGCUGCAACUAAGAACUUUAGGGCAGAUUGCCUUGUGGGUGAAGGGGGCUUUGGUCGUGUAUAUAAAGGACGCUUGGAGAAUGGACAGGUUGUUGCUGUGAAACAACUUGACAGGAAUGGCCUUCAAGGAAACAGAGAGUUUCUGGUGGAGGUUCUCAUGCUCAGUCUUUUGCAUCAUCCUAAUCUUGUCAAUCUAAUUGGUUACUGUGCUGAUGGUGAUCAACGCCUCCUCGUUUAUGAGUUUAUGCCAUUGGGAUCCCUAGAAGAUCACUUGCAUGAUAUUCCACCUGACAAGGAGCCCCUUGACUGGAAUACACGGAUGAAGAUAGCAGCUGGUGCAGCUAAAGGCUUGGAAUACCUGCAUGAUAAGGCAAACCCUCCAGUAAUUUACCGAGAUUUCAAAUCAUCAAACAUCCUUCUUGGUGAAGGAUAUCACCCGAAACUUUCAGACUUUGGGCUUGCAAAACUUGGUCCUGUAGGUGACAAGACUCAUGUCUCAACACGGGUUAUGGGAACUUAUGGGUACUGUGCUCCUGAGUACGCAAUGACUGGACAGCUUACAGUGAAAUCUGAUGUCUACAGUUUUGGUGUUGUCUUCCUUGAACUAAUUACAGGGCGUAAAGCAAUUGACAACACUCGGCCUGAUGGGGAGCAAAAUCUUGUGGCAUGGGCUCGACCAUUAUUCAGAGACCGGAGAAAAUUCCCAAAAAUGGCUGACCCAUUGCUUCAAGGACGUUACCCAAUGAGAGGUCUAUACCAGGCUCUGGCUGUUGCAGCAAUGUGUUUACAGGAGCAAGCAGCAACUAGACCUCUUAUAGGGGAUGUCGUGACUGCACUUUCAUAUCUUGCUUCACAAACUUAUGAUCCAAAUGCUCCUGCUGCUCAAAGUAAUAAAGUUGGUCCAUCUACUCCAAGGAAUAGGGGUGACCGGAAAAGCCUUGGUUGUGGGACCAUCAAUCAACAUGCUCUCCAGUCACCACAAAGAAAUUCUCCUGACUUUAGGCAAAGGGAUCUUAUUAGGGGAGCAAGCUAUGGAGCAGAUGUUGGCAGAGGCGGUGUUGGUGGUGGCUCUGGACGGAAAUGGAGCUUGGAGGAGUUAGAGACACAGGAAUCUCAGAGGGACAGCCCAGUUCAUGUAGGAAAGGCAAGGGAAAGCCCGAAGAAUGUCAACCGAGAUCUCGAUAGAGAGCGUGCUGUUGCAGAGGCUAAAGUAUGGGGUGAGAAUUGGAGAGAGAGGAAGCAGUCAUAUGUGCAGGGUGGCUGUGAUAGCACAAAUGAGUAGCUGAGAGGUGGUUUCGGACAUAACCCUCUAUAAGUUGCAUUUUAUCUGUAUUAUUCUUAUAGCAGAAAAGGCAUUUGUAGGUCAGAAUUCUGUGGCUCAGAAGACAUCAUCCGUUCGAUCUUGGUUCCAUAUUCUCUGUGAAUAAGAUUGAUGUUUUCUGUCAUCACUGCUGCUCCUUUUGUAAUUCUUUGGUUGAGGAUCAGAUCAGAUGCCCUCUCCAGGUAUUUCCUGGACAAUGUAGAGUGCUUUAUGAGCGGAAGCCUUAUCAUUUCACUGUGAAAGGUGGCAGAUCAAAGAUUAAAAAAAAGUGCAUCAAAAAUGUAGAAUUGCAUUUCAGACCAAAUAUAUGUAGCCUAGCACAGGUAUGUUUCAAGUGCAACUUGUUGCACUUGAUAUUUAGGCCACUUGAAGCCUGAAGUACAAGAAAUCAGUGGCCUAAUUUGUCCAUAGAUCUGAAUAGGAGUUUGCUGUAGUAAUACCAAUAUUGCAUACAAUUGUCAUUUUUGUUUUGUGAUCCUGAGCAUCGAUGAACAUUGGUCUUGUUCGGUUGCUGUUCUCUGUUAAUUUAUAGGUUUUGUAUUUCCGGUUCUGUUUUUA